AUGGAAUAGUAAAAUCUUCUUUUAUCACCUUAAGUUAAGAGAGGCAGAGUUAAUAAUUCUGAUUUGAGUGACUGCAAAGACGAAUUGGCCUCAAACAAGUCUUCACCUGGAAAAAUAUAAUCUAGCCAAAAAGAAAUAGAUGAAUUUUUUGAAAAUUUCUAGCAAUAAAUUUAGGUCAGAUUCUUAAAUUUUGAUGAAAAUGCGCAAGAUUGCGAUUUACAAGUAAAAAAGUGUUUAAAUAAAAUAUUUGAAACUGAGGUUGUUAAAGAAAAAAAGUAAAUUUAAACUUUUAGUGCAAGACCUCCAUCAACCCAAAAGAAAAACAAGAUCAUUUUUUUAAAUCCAUUUGAAGGGAAUGAUAAUUAUUGUGAAUAAAUAGGCGACUAAGAAUAUGCAAACACAUAAAAAAACACUGAACCAAGUCUUUAAAACAAUCAAAAGUAAACUACAAAAACUAGCGAUUUUUUGGAAACAGCUAAUUUGACUAACUACAACUAAGCUAACCAAUACUCAAAAUUAAAUAAUAAUGAAGGGUAAACGAAUAAAACAAAUUCAAUUUUUCCAAAUAUUUAAACUUAAAUAAGAAUUUACAACGCUGAAAUGCCUAUAAAUAGCAUAUCAGGCAUUAACAGCAGAUUUAGAGCUCAUUCUAUUAAUGAUUCAGUAAGUGAUAAUUUGCAUAAAUAGUUUGUUUAGUAAAGAAACAAUUGCAAUUAAGGGGACAACAUCUUUACAAUAAGAGAUCAUAAAUUUGAAAGGUAAAGGAUACUCAGUAAUGAAACUCGUAAUAAUAAAAAUAACCUAAAUCAUUAGCAAAUAGGUAUUAUUAAGCAUCCUUAUCUAAAUUAAAUAAAUAAUAAGGCAAUUAAUCAAAAUUUGCAAUAGUAAAACUUCUUGCAAAGCCUUAGAAAUGCAUUUAGAGUGACUUUUAAUAAUCCUAAUUCAGCUUAAGUGAAUGAAAACAUAAAAAAUAACUUAAAAAGCAAUGAAUAAGAUGAUAAAGAGAAAUAGAACAUAGAAACUAACUAUAAAGAAGCUGAAAUAUUUGAUUCAUAAGAAGGAAAUUUGAAAGAUUUUUAAUUUAAGACAUCUUUUAUGCCCUUUACUAAAAAUAAUAAUAACAACAACAAUAAUAAUAAUAAUAAUAAUGUUAAAGUUUUUAAAAGGAAAGAUAGAAACUUUAAACCUGUAUAAAUAGAAAAAAAUAAACCUAAAUUAAGUAAUAAUUCCUUUACAUUAAAAAUAGAAGAAGAAUCCUCAAACAAUUUAUAUCAUAAACAUAUUUAACCUGAAGAUCAACUCUUAAAAAAAUGCAAUCAAUAAAAUCAAGAAUUAUUCCAAAAUGAUUUUCAUACAACUGAAAAUUCUUAAUAUUUAAUUAAAUAAAUAUAAGAAUUAAAUAUGAAUAAAUUUAUUGAUUAGUAUCAAACAAAUUGUCUAAAUACACUAGUAGAUACUUUAGACCUACAAUAAAAAGCUACUAUGGUAGUAGCAGAUUCAAAUAUUUCUUAAAAAUCUUCUACAAAUAUUUAGAAUAGGGAUAGAAAUGUUUAGACUUAAUACACUUAAAUAAAUGAAGAAACAUCUAUGCUUGAAUUAAAAGAAAAUGCUGUAUCUGAUAAACCAAAGAAGAAAGUUAUCAAAAUAUCUAAAGAGAGUGUUUUUUGUAAAAUAAUUUAAGAACAAAAAGAAUAAUAAUUCUAAAAGAAAGACUCUAAUACAUAAAUAAUGAUAGCUACUAAGUAACGCGUGGAUCCAACUACUAAAUAGAUGUCAUAGGACUUUUAAGAAACAAAAUUUCUACAAUUCAAUAAUAAAAAUAAUAAUAAUUUCUAAAUAUACUAAGAUCAGAAUUUAUUAGAAAAGUAUGCAGAGGAAAACCAAAAUUAACAUUAAAAAGUUAAAAUGUUCAAAUUUAACAAAAAAAUAUCAAAUAAAACAGAAAAUGCUAUUGAAAAAUAAUCAAAUAAUUUAAAUAACUAAAUGAUUUUAGAUAAAGAAAAUGUAAGUGAAAAUAUUUUAAAUAAUAUAUUGCAAGCAGAAAACAAUAACUAAAAUCAAACAAACCAGUAAUAAAGUUAACAAAAAUUAAGCAGAGUUUUUAGCAGAAACAAAACUUUCCACCACAAAAAUAGAUCUUUAAACAAUGAAGCCAGUAAAACUCAAAAUUAAUAAAAUAACUAAGACAUUGAGGAAGCCUUAUAAAGUAGUUAAUUCUAAUAUGAUAUUUAGCCAUCAGUAUAUUCUCCAUCUAUAUUAAAUAAAAAAAUAAACUAAUAAAACUGUUUUGCAAAUGAAAAUAAAAAAUAUGACAUUGAUGAAAUAAAAAAUAGUAUAUUUUUAAAAAAAUCUACCUCUUCAUUUGAUACAGGAAAUACAUUUUUCAAAAACCAUUUGAACUAGUAAAUAACUUAAAAUGACUAAUAAACCUAGAAUAAUAUUUAAAAAAAUAGAUAAACAUUUAAAUCACUAUAUAACCCUAGUAAUUAGCAAGUUUAGCAAUAAAUGAUAUCACAAAAUAUAGAUAAAUAUCUAGACCCUGAAUAAAAUUAAACUUUAAAAGAUUAAGCUAUCUUUUUUAAAAAUAAAUGUGCAGCAGUCAAUUCAAACCCUUAUGAACCUUCAUUUUAAAAUGGCAAUAAAAAAUCUACUAUUUAACCAUAUAAUUCCAGUUAAAAAGCUUUAAAUUGCUCUAAAAAGUUCUUCGGGAUUAAUAAUCAAAUUGAAAAUAUGUUUAUCCAAAAUAUAGAAGAAUUCAAAGAGAAAGUUGUUAGAAACUAAUGA